GUUUUACAUUUUCAAUGGUGCUGCGCUCGCGCUAAUGGAGCGGUCGCUACGUGACGGAACGGAUCCCGACGAAGGUGAGAUCUGUCGAGUUGACCCAGCAUUUCCCAACAAAAGCAAGCUCUCCAGGACGGGCCGCGUACAAAAAUGGAGGGAAAUCAAAUCUAAACUGGUCCUGGGUGAGGACUUUGUGGCGCAUUGUGACACCCCAAAUCACAGACUACCGGCGAGAAAAGACAUCGAACGCAUUUUCCAGGACAGUCACCUAACAGCGCAUCCCGAGUCUGCGAUUCACCAGUCAUGGCGGGAGACAUGGAAAUCGAUAUCGUCGGUGUAUCAAACAAAUGUCAAGAAGUUUGGGAUCACAAGAGUAGUACCGAGUAGUACACAGAACACAGACAGCCAAACAACCAACAGAAAGACCACCAGACAACCGGACAAGCAAGCAAAACAUCGGAAGAAGAUAAAACAGACCCACAAAUGUAUUGUCUUGCCAGGAGAGCACCACGGCAAGUUCAAACGCGCCCGUUGCGACAACUGUGGAACGUCGAACUAUGUUUGUGUCAGUGGAAAAGCUACAGAAGCCUCCACAACGUGUAAAAAUUGUGACGAGGAAGUGACUUGGGUUAGCCCUAAGAAUGGACACAGAUAAAUGAUCAAUGUGAUUUUAUUGAAUUAUUGAAUUUAGUUGAAUUAAAAGUACAGUAGACCCUUCUCUUCCGCCAUAAGUCACAGGUACUUUUGUGAUGAGCCGGCUGUAUGGCCUCAUUAUAAAGAG